AUUUAGAAAAGUUUUAGAUUCAUCUGUUUAUGAGGAGGAAAAGAGGCCAAGAAAAGGCGGCAAUUUGUCCAUGUGCUUAAUCAGUGAGUGGCAGGGGCAGUAACCUGGUCUGCUGAGCUCCCUGCACUCCCUGAUCCCAGCUCAAAAUAGUUUCCAGUUUUCAUCUGCCAGUUGCUUCGAAGGCUUUUCUAAGGAAGACAGUUCAGAUAAUGACCCAGAAUUCAUCCUCCUUAGGUGAUAGGAUCAUUACUCCUUAUACACCCCCUAGGUCUCAGCCUAUGAACAAACACUUGUUUGUUUCUCUGUCUACCGUGUUCCAAACCACCGAGCUGGAUUUUGCCAACAAGAAGAGCUGUUUCCUGUGCCUGCCCCUGAGAGCCGAUGGCUCCCCAGAGAUCCCUCACAGUCCCGCGCAGACAGAGAGAACGCAGAAGCUGGCAGAGGAUCCACCACACGCAAGAUCAGAGGAUGUCCCAGAUCAUCUUUUCUUUGUGGAUACUGCAGGUCUACGGGAAAUAGUGUGUUUUUGCGGGGUGCUGUCCCUUAGGACAAGUGAAGGGCUGAUGAGAAAGGAAACUGUGUGAGGUAUCACAAAGCCAUCCAUGGGGCAGCCUAUGAAAAUAUGUUCACACGGAGGGAAAAUAUCAGUGUUCAUAUAUCCCUUUUAGUGCUGCCUUCCCUUUUCCACUCCCACACCACCCCCAAAACAUUUUAAAAAGUUAGUUUUGGAAGACUGACUUUGUGUUAUUCUAAAAUGUGUGCACAGUAACAGAAGUGAGAAAGUCAUUCCAGCCUUCAUCUAGUCACCUGAGUCAUGACUUUAAUGCAGCUUCUUUUUGUUCCUCAAUAUUUGAUUACAUGAUCAUUUGCAAAAAUACACUCCUGAAAUGAAAUCACAGUUAGCUGUGCAUUUUGGAGUAGUAUUAGAAUUAAGACUUGCCAUCAAAUAGGUUGCCAUCUAGAAUGUCUAUUCUCUUUACUGUGCCCCAGGGGCUUUACAUGCAUUUGCGACUUUAUUUUUAUUUUAUCCUACAGGAAAAAAGGCUCAGAGUGAAUGGCUAUUUGCCUAAGGUUACUCAGCUAGCGAUAUAGGAGUUAAGAAGAAAUUAUUUAGGCAGAUAGUGAGGGUACGGGAGACUUCCGUAAGGUUUUCCUUUUAAUGAAAAGUAGCUCCCAAAUAAUUUUCUUUUCUAACAAAGAGAAGCCUGUAAAAUCGAGUUGCAGACAUAGACAAGCAAGCUAGAAGCUUGCACAGGUGAAUGCCAGCAGUUGUGCCAACAGGAAAAGGCUACCUGGAACUAGGCAUGUUCAAAAUGGCAGCUUUAUCUUCUCUUCUCUUUGCCAGCCAGGUGUACAGUAAGGAGCAGACAACAUGGCACUGGCCAAGUGGAAAGCCUGUUUGCAUAAUAAGAUUACGAUGGGGUAGCCUGCCUUCCCUGUGUGCUACCUAAACAUCACACCUGAUCCAACCAAUCUGCGGGCCCUACAUAAAUCAGACACCGCCUCCUCCAGCCUGCCUAUAAAAUCUGGUGCACUCCACGUGGGCCAGAAGUCCCAUUUGGAUGCCCCUCUCUUUCGCAAGAGGGAGAGCUGUUCUCCUUUCUCUUUCUUUUGCCUAUUACAUUCCGCUCCUAAAGUCACUUCUCACGUAUGUCCACGUCCUUAAUCUUCUUGGUGCAAGACAAUGAACCCCAGGUAUUUACUCCAGACAACACCACCACUUCACUAGGAGUUAAAAGAACUUGAAAUGCAAAUUCAUGGUCAUCUGGUUCCAAAGCCCAUAUUAACAAAAUUUUUUUAAUUGCGAUAAAAUACACAUAACAUAAAGUUGACCGUGUUAACUAUUUUUAAAUGCACAGUCUGGUAGUGUUAAGUACAUUCACAUUGUUGGGCAACCAUUCUUCAAAACUUUUUAAGUUUCCCAAACUGAAACUCUGCAUCUAUUAAGAACAACUCUUUCUUCCAAUCUCCAGCUGUUAGCAAUUAUCAUUCUACUUUCUGUCUUUAUGCAUUUAAUAAUUCUAGGUACCUCAUAUAAAUGAAAUCAAAUGGUAUUUGUAACUGGCUUAUUUCACUUAGCAUAAUAUCCUCAAGAUUCAGUCAUAUUGUUAUAUCUGUCAUAAAUUGCAUUUAUAAUGUCACAAACUACACCUUGAUAUAUUGUGUACUGGUUAGCAUAGAUUUAUAAUUAUUUUUAUGCUUUGCCUUCUACAUUCUAUAAAAGAAUAAAAAGUUGAGUUACAAACCAAAAUUAUAAUAAUGAAAGUUUUUACAUUUGCCUAUAUUUUUACCUUUGCUGGAAAAUUUUAUAUGGCCUAGCAUCCAUUCAUUUUAACUUAAAGGAUUCUCUUUCACAUUCUUUACAGAACAGGUCUAGUAGUAAUGAAUUUCCUCUGUAUUUUUUUUAAAUCUGGGAAGUUUUAAUUCUUUGCUUUUGAAGGAUAGUAUUGCUGGAUAUAGAAUUCUCAGUCACAGCUUUUUUUUCUUUCAGCAUUUUAAAUAUAUUAUCUCACUACUUUUUUAUUUGCAAGGUUUUUGCUGAGAAAUCUGCUGAUAGCGUUAUUGAGGACACAUUGUAUAGCUAUUUUUCUAUUUCUGCUUUCAAGAUUUCUUUUGUCUUUGAUUUCUCGCAGUUGACUAUAUUUUAGUGUGGAUCUCUUUGGAUUAUCAUACUUGGAGUUUGUUGAGCUUCUUGUAUUUGUAGAUUCAUAGCUUUUCUCAAAUUUGGGCAGUUUGGGGUCAUUAUUUCUCCAAACACAAUAGUUUACCAUCACCCACAGUUUCACUUUCCACAGUUUCCAUUGCCAAUGGUCAACAGCAGUUUGAAAAUAUUAAAUGAAAAUUCCAGAAAUAAGCAAUUUAUAAGUUUAAAUCACAUGCCAUUCUGAGUAGUAUGAUGAAAUCUUGUGCUGUCCUGCUCUGUUCUACCUAGGACAUGAAUCAUCCCUCUGUCUAGGAUAUCUACACUGUAUAUACUACCUGCCUGUUAGUCAUUUAGUAGCCAUCUCAAUUAUCAGAUUGACUGUCAUGGUAUCACAGUGCUUUUGUUCAAGCAACUCUUAGUUUACUUAAUAAUGUCCCCAAAGUGUCAUAUAGGUGAUGCUGGCAAUUUGGGUAUGCCAAAAAAAAAAAAAAAAUGUUCAUGGAGUGCUUCCUUUAAUUAAAAAGGUGAAAAUUCUUGACGCAAGGAAAGAAAAAAAUUAUGCUGAGGUUUCUAAAAUCUACAGUAAAAGUAAAUCUAUCCAUGAAAUUGUGAUGAAAGAAAAAGAAAUUUGUAAGUAGUAUAUAUAGGGUUUGAUACUAUAUUUGGGAUGUUGGAACAUACCCAGCUGACAAAAGAGGACUACUGUUAAGUUCUCUGUUCUUUGUUUCUCUCUUCCCCUAAAACUUCAUAAUGAGUAUAUUGGUUCACUUGGUAGUAUCCCAUAGUCUUUCAGUCUCUGUUUACUUUUCUUCAUUCAUUUUUCUAUUGGCACCUUAGACUCAAUAAUUUUAAAUGAUCUGUCUUUAACAUCAAGGAUUUUUUUUCUGCCUAUUCAAAUCUGCCAUUAAAACACUAGGCUGGGUGUGGUGGCUCACGCCUGUAAUCCCAGCUUUUUGGGAGGCUGAGGUGGGUGGAUAACUUGAGGUCAGGAGUUCAAGACCAGCCUGACUAACAUGGUGAAACCCCAUCUCCACUAAAAAUACAAAAAUUAGCCAGGUGUGGUGGCAUGCACCUUUAGUCCCAGCUACUCGGGAGGCUGAGGCAGGAGAAUUGCUUGAACCCAGCAGGUGGAGGUUGCAGUGAGCCGAUAUCGCACCACUGCACUCCAGCCUGUGCAACCAAGGGAGACUCUGUCUAAAAAAAAAAAAUACACUGUAAUAAAUGUCUGAAUUCAGUUAUCGUAUUUUUCAGCUCCAGAAUUAAUUUCUGUUGGGUUCUUUUUUAUAACUUUUAUCUCUGUUUUGUUUUGUUUUGAGACAGGGUCUCACACUGUAGCACAGGCUGGAGUGCAGUGGCACAAUCUUAGCUUACUGCAGCCUCAACUUUCCUGGGAUCAAGUAAUCUUCCCACCUCAGCCCUACUAGUAACUGGGACUAGAGGUGCACACCACCAUGCCCAGCUAAUUUUUUAUUUUUAAUAGAGGCAGGGUUUUGCUAUAUUACUCAGGCUGCUCUCUAACUCUUGGGCUCAAACAGUCCUCCCACCUCGACUUCCUGAAGUACUGGGAUUAUAGGCAUGAGCCACCAGGUCUGACUAAUUUCCAUUUCCUUGUGAAUAUGUGCAUUUUGUUCAUGUAUCUUUUUUAUGAUUUUCUUUACUUAUCUGCCUGUGUUCUUCUUUGGCUCAUAUCUAAGAAUAUGAGCAUAUUUAAGACAGUUGUUUUAAAGUCUUUGCCAAGGAAGUCUGAAAACUGUGUUUCUUUAGGGUUAGUUUCUGGAGAUUUAUUUGGCUCUUUGAAUGGACCGUGCUUCCCUAUUUCUUUAUAUGAUUUGUGGUCUUUUUUAUUGAAACUUGGGCAUG